GGCGCUGAGACUCUCACCAACCCUCCCAACAGCCCAACCUCUCCUGUCUAAAUUUCUUUACCCUUUUUCUUCCAAAGCCCUGAAAUUCUCCUUCUUCUCUGUUAACCAUGGCUUCGGUGUCCAAGCUCGCCUGCUCCAGUUUUGCCGGCGUAGCCGGGUCCUUUUCCCUGACAUCCCGAUCGUCGGAGCCAAAGCUUUCUAUCGGCUUCCGAUCGCGGUCUCCAAUCGAGCGGCGCGCUUCUUCUCUGAGCCUUUCUGUACGCGGAAAUCGCGCCGGGGGAUUCUCCUUGACUGUAAAGUGUUCUCAAGAUGGAAAUGGAUCCACGACGAAGAGAACGACCCUCCAUGACCUUUAUGAAAGCCAAGGACAGUCUCCAUGGUAUGAUAAUCUCUGCCGUCCUGUUACAGAUCUUCUGCCACUCAUAGCUAAUGGGGUCAGGGGUGUCACCAGCAAUCCAACGAUCUUUCAGAAGGCGAUCUCAUCAUCCAAUGCUUAUGACGAACAGUUUCGGCAACUCAUUACAUCAGGAAAAGAUAUCGAAAGUGCUUAUUGGGAGCUUGUCAUCAAGGAUAUUCAAGAUGCGUGCAAACUGUUUGAAUCUAUUUAUGAGCAAACUGAUGGAGGUGAUGGUUAUGUCUCAGUUGAAGUCUCUCCUAGACUUGCAAAUGAUACAGAUGGUACCAUUGAAGCUGCGAAAUGGUUGCACAAAGUGGUUAGUCGUCCCAAUGUUUAUAUAAAGAUUCCGGCUACGGCAGAUUGCGUUCCAUCUAUCAAGGAAGUUAUUUCCAACGGUACAAGCGUCAAUGUGACGCUGAUAUUUUCACUUGCUAGAUAUGAGGCGGUUAUUGACGCUUACUUAGAUGGUCUCGAGGCUUCAGGGCUUAGUGAUUUAUCGAGGGUAACCAGUGUAGCAUCCUUCUUCGUCAGUCGCGUCGAUACACUCAUCGAUAAACUACUCGAAAAGAUCGGGACACCUGAAGCUCUUAAUCUAUGUGGAAAGGCGGCUGUAGCUCAAGCAACCCUGGCUUACAAGCUCUAUCAGCAGAAAUUUUCGGGACCUCGUUGGGAUGCCUUAGUUAAGAAAGGAGCGAAGAAGCAGAGGCUGUUAUGGGCGUCGACUAGUGUCAAGAACCCUGCGUAUCCUGACACACUUUACGUCGAUCCUUUAAUCGGUCCUGAUACUGUGUCGACGAUGCCGGAUCAGGCAUUGCAAGCCUUCCUAGACCAUGGAACCGUCUCAAGGACAAUCGAUGCCAACAGUUCUGAGGCCGAAGGCGUCUAUAGUGCUCUCGAAAAGCUCGGAAUCGACUGGAAUGAGGUUGGGGCUCAGCUCGAGCUCGAGGGCGUCGACUCCUUCAAGAAGAGCUUCGACAGCCUGCUUGCGAGCCUGCAAGAGAAAGCCAACGCUCUCAAACUGGUUAGCCAUUAAGAUUAGUGGCGCCUAGAAGCUCAUUUCCUUUAAAUAAUUCAGUAUGUUUUGCUGGCAAUGUUAAUCUCUGGUCUUCCAUGCUGCACAUUAAUAUCUGGUGUGUGGGAAUGUUGUGCUCUGUUGUCUGUAAUACGAAUUUUUGAGUGAGGAUUGUGAUAAUCUGUUUGAUUUUGCGGAUAUGUUAUGCACUUUAUAAUAUACAGAAAUGAUUUUGGUAGGUC